AUGCAUUCGGCCACUGCCCUUUUUGCCUUAGCCGGUCUGGCGGCUGGUGCUACCAUCACCACGAAGGAGCCCACCUUGGCUGAGAUCAAGCAAGCUCAAGCGACGACUCUACCUCUGACUUGGACCUCGAACGUUAAGGGCAAGGCGUUCGACCGUUUCUACCAGAUUUGGUUGGAGAAUGUCGACUAUGACGAUGCUGCCAAUGACACCAACCAGCAGUGGCUGGCUAGCAAAGGUAUUACGUUGACCAAUUACUACGGUACCGGGCAUCCCUCUCAGCCGAACUAUAUCGCUUCUGCUAGUGGGGACAACUUCGGCAUGGACAAUGACGACUUCCAUGACAUUCCUGCCAAUGUCUCCACGCUUGCCGACCUGCUCAACCUCAAGGGCAUCUCUUGGGGAGAGUAUCAGCAGCAUAUGCCUUUCCCGGGCUUUCAAGGAUUCAACUAUUCCAACCAAGAGACUUUCGCGAAUGACUAUAUGCGCAAGCACAACCCGUUGGUCUCCUUCGACUCGGUCUCGAGCAACGACACCGCCCUCAGGCUAAUCAAGAACUUCACGACGUUUUACGAGGAUCUUGAUAACAAGGUACUGCCACAAUGGGCCUUCAUCACCCCUAAUAUGACUAAUGACGCACACGACACCAACAUCACAUACGGCUCGAAGUGGCUCCGCGGCUUCGUUUCCGACCUCAUGAACAACACCUACUUCUGGGACAAUACGCUCCUCCUUCUGACGUUCGACGAAACAGAGACUUACCAUGUCCCUUCGAGCGACGAAUACCUCAAGCGCAACCGCAUCUUCAGUGUGCUUCUCGGGGGCGCUGUACCCGAGCACCUCGUCGGCACCCAAGACCACACCGUCUACACCCACUACUCAUCCAUCGCAUCAGUCUCGGCCAACUGGGGUCUCCCUUCGCUCGGGCGCUGGGACUGCGGGGCCAACCUUCUCCAGCUCGUCGCCGACAAGGUCGGCUACACCAAUUGGGAUGUCCACAACGACAACCUUUACAUGAACGUCUCCAUGCCCGGCCCUCUUUCCGAGUCGUGGGACUCCAAAUACCGCCCCACCUGGCCAGUGCCUGCUACCAACGCGUCCUGCUCGGCCGGACACGGGAUUCUGCAGGCCGUGGUCGAUGCUUAUCGAGGCCAGACCCCAACCUACAACUACACCUCCCCGUUCCCCUACGACGCCGCGUACGGGGUGAAUGUGGGUACUUCCUACUCGCGCAAUGGUACAACCUAUGUAUCAGGGGUAAACGCGACUGGCGUGAUCGGUCAUGACUCGCCGUCUAAUGCCUCGAGCUCGUCUUCGCCUAUCGCUGUUGGUGCGGGCUCUAGUUUGACUGUCUCUGGUGCUGGCUCUGUGGUGGCUGCAUUGGCUGCUCUUCUGAGCAUUUUGUAG